CGCAUAAAGGACUGUGGGGGGCGGGGCGAGGAGGAGGCGGCCGCCUGUCUUGCGGAGGAGCUCGGCGCGACGCGAUGGCCAGCGGCGGCUACCCGAAGCCCGAGGAGAAGCGCCUGCAGGCCCUGCGCGACGCCGCCGGACGCCUCCGCAUCCACUCCAUCCGCGCCACCUGCGCCUCCAACUCCGGCCACCCAACAUCAUGCUGCAGCGCUGCGGAGGUCGUGUCUGUCCUGUUCUUCCAUACCAUGCGCUACAAGCCCAGCGAGCCGGCUUGCCCCAGCAAUGACCGCUUCGUGCUCUCCAAGGGCCAUGCUGCGCCCGUGCUCUAUGCGGCGUGGGCGGAGGCUGGCUACAUCAAAGAGUCAGAACUGCUGAAGCUGAGGAAGAUAGACUGUGACCUGGAAGGCCAUCCGACCCCUAGGCUGCCUUUUGUGGACGUGGCCACUGGAUCGCUUGGACAGGGCUUGGGAGCUGCUUGUGGCAUGGCCUAUACGGGCAAAUAUUUCGACAAGGCCAGCUACCGAGUCUACUGCCUUCUGGGUGACGGGGAAUCUUCCGAAGGCUCAGUGUGGGAAGCCCUGGCGUUCGGCUCCCACUAUCAGUUGGACAACCUGGUCGCCAUCUUUGACAUCAACCGGCUGGGGCAAAGUGAGGCGGCCCCACUCCGCCACGACACCGAAGCCUACCGCAAGCGCUUUGAAGCCUUUGGGUGGAACACCUAUGUGGUCGACGGCCAUGACGUGGAGGAACUGUGCCGGGCCUUGUGGCAAGCGAGUCAGACGAAGGGGAAGCCGACCGCUAUUGUGGCCAAGACUUUCAAAGGGCGAGGGAUCCCAGGUGUGGAGGAUGGGGACAAUUGGCAUGGAAAGCCCAUCCCCAAGGACAAAGCGGACUCUGUGAUCGAAGCGAUUCAAGCCCAAAUCCAGACCAAUAAAGUCCUGUCUAUCCAGCCACCUGCUGAGGAUGUCCCACAGAUCAGCAUUGUGGACAUCCAGAUGCCUUCUCCGCCUGCCUACAAAAUUGGGGAAAAGGUGGCCACCCGUAAGGCUUACGGUUUAGCACUGGCCAAGCUGGGGAGUGCCAACAAUCGCGUGGUGGCUUUGGAUGGAGACACCAAGAACUCCACGUUUGCGGAACUCUUCAAGCAGGCUCAUCCCGAGCGCUACAUCGAAUGUUACAUUGCUGAGCAGAAUAUGGUCAGUGUAGCUCUGGGGUGUGCUGCUAGGAACCGCACCAUUGCAUUUGCCAGCACCUUUGCCGCCUUCUUCACCCGGGCCUUUGACCACAUCCGCAUGGGGGCCAUCUCACAGGCGAACAUCAAUCUCUGCGGCUCUCACAGCGGCUGCUCCAUUGGUGAGGAUGGGCCCUCCCAGAUGGCGCUGGAAGACAUCGCCAUGUUCAGAACUAUCCCGGGUUGCACCGUUUUCUACCCAAGCGAUGCCGUUUCCACAGAACACGCAGUUUGUCUAGCUGCAAACACCAAGGGGAUAUGCUUCAUUCGAACCAGCCGUCCAGAGACUCCGACCAUAUAUUCCCAGGAAGAAAAGUUUGCCAUAGGCCAAGCCAAGGUUGUGCGCAAAAGCAAUAGUGACAAGGUGACAGUGAUCGGAGCAGGUGUCACCCUCCAUGAAGCCCUGGCUGCUGCAGACGAGCUAGCCAAACAAGGCACCCAUAUCCGGAUCAUCGACCCUUUUACCAUCAAGCCCUUGGAUGUAGAGACCAUCAUCUCCAAUGCCAGAGCCACGGGGGGCCGCAUCAUAACCGUUGAGGACCACUACAGAGAGGGAGGUAUCGGUGAUGCCGUGGCUGCGGCCGUCUCGGGAGAACCCGGCCUCCUCGUCCAGAGCCUGGCUGUCUCGGGAGUUCCUCGGAGUGGAAAAUCGGCCGAGCUCCUUGAUCUGUUUGGGAUCAGCGCCAAGAGCAUUGCAGCGGCGGUGAAGAGCACCUUCGCCAACUGAUGUUGCCGCCUGGCUGCAUUGCAGGCGGGGAGCAGGGCCGUGCAGGCAUGAGGAAGGGCCCCCCAAGAAGUGCAGUGGGGGAGCUCUUCGUUAACAAACUGCACUGAGUUCUUGAAUCCGAAUUGCUUUCCUUCCCUGUUGGCCAACUUGACACACCUGCUGUUAGGGGUUCUGUGGGCUUGUGACCUUGCUCUGGGUGACGGUGAUCCUUUUUAAUUGAAAAGCCUAGCCUCCUUUUCAUUACCAAGCUGUUGUAUUCACAUGUGAGUAGCUUAACUGGGCUGAAAAGCCUCUUGCCAAUGAUAUGUGGACCAAAAUGUUUGUCUUACCUGAGUUUGUUGGCCCCUGUUCCUGGGUGUGGGUCAUAUUCUUCUGGGCUCUUCUCUAUUUCUCAGGCCUGCUGCUCGGAGGCCAUGUUUCUGGAGUUGUCUUCUAGGUGGGGGUUAAGAGCGCAUCAUUAGUGCCUGCCUGAACAAAUGCAGCUGGACCUUACCGUAGCCCCCGCUCUUGCUGUGAUACUGUUGUCCUAAUCAGACUUGAAUGUGACCAAGUUAACUUCUCUCCUGUUUACAUUGAUAGAGCUGCUGUUCGCCACCAGUGUUCCUCUGGCAAAUCCGAUUAAAAAACCAAACAACCCCUGA